AAGCGGGAACGCGCAUGCGCGUGGCGUACUCCAUUUCAGCCGGGAGAAUCAAACGAGCGCAAAACAAAACAGCGGAUUGAACUCUGACAGACGUGUAUGAAGGCAGCAUGCAGAGGAACAGUCGCCUGAAACGCGAGCUGCAGAUGCUCAGUACCGAGCCUCCGCCUGGGGUUUCCUGCUGGCAGCUGGACGAGAGAGUGGGGGAGCUGCAGGCCCAAAUUGUUGGAGGUGCCAACACUCCAUAUGAAGGCGGGCUGUUCACACUGGAAAUAAAGAUCCCUGACAGGUAUCCAUUUGAACCUCCCAAAAUGCGCUUCCUGACGCCCAUCUAUCACCCCAAUAUUGAUAACGCAGGUCGUAUUUGUCUUGAUGUGCUGAAAUUACCACCCAAAGGAGCAUGGAGGCCCUCACUGAACAUCUCCACAGUGCUGAGCUCAGUGCAGCUUCUCAUGGCAGAACCAAACCCAGACGACCCAUUAAUGGCAGAUAUUUCCUCAGAAUAUAAAUACAACAAAGCAGUUUAUUUGGAGAAGGCACAAAGAUGGACAGUGAAAUAUGCAACACAAAAGAACAAGGGACAGAUGGAAGCAGAACAGAAGAUUCUUGAAGAUAGAAGCAAUAAAAUGGCACUAAGGAGAGAAGCACUUUCAGCGCAAGAAAAUGUGGAACCUCCAAAAAGAGUGUGCAUGUAGUUACAUGAAGUGUACUAGUUGUCUUACAUGUGCAUGUUUUUAAGUUGGAAAUGUUAAAACCAUUUACAGUGGGGUCACGAGCAAUGAACAUUAAAUUUUUUUUUAA